AGCUGUCGUGGCUCAGGGCGGGUUGCGCGGGGCCCCGCCCGCGCGCCGCCGCAGCGCAGCCGCCGCGCGGGGGGCCUCUCGGGGCCGCCAUGUUCUCGAGCAUGGGCUCCAGCGUGGUGGGCUUCGGCGGCGGCGCCCCGAUGGCGAGCACCACGAGGAUGGCUCCUGGCCGUGGGGAUGGGUGCUGCGACCAGGAUAGCCGGUGGGGCGGAACGAGGGGCAUGUGCUUUAAGCCGGAGCUCGUGGAGCCGAACUGGUCGUACGUGGGCGCUGGCAAGGGCGGCUACGAGAAGGUAGAGACGUACAACUACGUCGGUGAGGGCGCUGGCUCCUACGAUAAGGACUACUUCAGCCAACACGUCGUUUACGGAUGGCGGCUGCGGAGUUGCUGUCUUUUCUUCCUCUGCAGCGCAGUGUUGCUUGUGCUCUUCACGGUUUUCGCCUCUUAUCUCGAGACCUUGUGGACAGACGUGUUGCCCAGCUUGCUGCCAGGCGCAGGAUCAGUAGACGACAUCAAUCCCAUCGGUAAGCUCACUGGGAAUUUCACGCAGGGUCUCCAAGACGGUGCCGGAAGCACGGGGGUUUGCACCGCUGCAGGGAAGGAUUGCACCAAAACCAAGUGUUGCGUGAACCAGUCUAUGAGGUGUUUCGAGAAGAAUGAGCACUGGGCAGGAUGCAGGACGUCCUGCAGCCCUGGCAUAUUUUUGGAGGACCCGCCGCAGCACAGAACCCGCUGGAACUGCCUGCUUAUCGACACCAAAGGGGCUCAGGGUCUUCUUGAUCAACCUGGAAGCACGAGCGCCACGCCUGCGACGGCUCCGUCAUCGACUCCGUCGCCUUUCGAGCCAUGGCCGAAGGUACUCGCGGAGGGCGAUGACUGCCUCCUCGAUGGCAGCACCGGCACAUGCGCCGCGGGGACAACCUGCAGUCCUGGGCUGGCGAACCCAGUGUGCACGAGGGAUCUGAUUGCGCCGAGUCCAGAGAGCGAAGCUACCCCCGAUGCGCCGGUGGUGACUGGUGUAGCUCCCGACAAGGUGAGCACGAAGACGUGCGAGGCUGUUACGAUAGGGGGGAAGACGCUGAUGCUGGAACAGACGACUGGCAUUGUCGUCGGGAGCACUGUCACCAUCAGUAGCGGUGCGACCUCCGAAACCGGGACUAUUGCUGCAUUGGAAGACGGAGUGAUCACUCUUGAGAAGCCGUGGGCUAAUUCUUACCCGUCUGGCUCGAACAUCGUCAUUGUACAGGUGGAGGACGCUGUGGAUGAUGACACUGGCAUCGAGAGUGGCUUCGCAAAGUCCAACCACUUCACCACUGUGAGGGGCCAGAUCCCAGCAGGGGUGACCGAGCUCCCAGUCUUGACGUACAGGGGGUUCGCCGUCGGGGACAGCAUCCUCAUUGAAAAUCUCGGCGCCCCCCCUGGCGAGCAGAAGGAGAUCACCGCCGUGAGCAAGACGGCGGAUGAGCCCAAGCUCGUUGUUCGCACGCCGACUGAGAAGGCUUACGCCGGAGAGGCGAGAGUCACAUUGCUCGGGCCGCGUACCCUGCCAGAGCCGCCAGAGCUCGAGCCCGCACAGGACAGGGCGAUGGCAUUUGAGGAUGGGCUCGACCUUCCCGAGUCCCCCAAGGAGGACACUGAGACGGGAAUGAUGCCGAUGGCGCCGGCGCCGCGAGCAGGGAAAGGGCGACACCGCAGGGAGCCCACGAACGACAUCCCCGAUGAUAUCCCGGAGCCGCCGAAGGACGGGACAAAGUUUGAUUGCGCGCAGGGCUUUGAGAAUUGGGACGCGGGCUGGUCCGACGACAAGAAGUACUACUGUUGCAAGUACUACGGGCGAGGAUGCCCCCCUGAAGAGACCACAACGCCCAAGCACGACUGCGCGGCCGACUUCGACGAUUGGGAGACCAAGUGGAACAGUGACAAGCAGUUUUAUUGCUGCAAGUAUUAUGGCCGUGGCUGCCCGGAUGCGCCAUCCAUCUGCGACGCAAAGUGCGAGUACAAGGGUGUCACCCUGACCUGCAGCGAGCGCGUCCAGUACUCUGCCACGCACCAGUUCCGCGGGCAGGCCGAGGUCUGCUCCCUGGCCCACACGCAGGUGCUUACCGAGUGCAACGUCUGCAAGGAGUGCCCCCUGGAGGAGACGGACUGCGAGAAAAAAAAGAGUGAAUUUCCUUACGACUGCGACGUGGGUUUCGAGACGUGGCAGGAGUCUUGGUCUCCUGGCGAGCAGCGAUGGUGCUGCGACAACUUUGGAAAAGGGUGUCCAGGCCCUACAUCCGCCGAGCAUCUGCCAGCGUGUGCCACAAAUUGCGUCCACGACGACGGUACCAUGAAGACGUGCGGCGAGUGGAUUCAGACCGUGGCCACCGAGGACUUCCCGGGCCAGGCGGGGUCCUGCGAGAGCGCCCUCGAUAGGGUCCUGAAGGACUGCCCGGUGUGCACCGUCUGCGGCCUCGAGGAGUCGGGCUGCGCGGACGCCCCGCCGGGCGGCGGCCCGCCCUCCGUGCCCGACGCCGCGGCCGAGGCUGCGCCGGGCCCGCCCUCCGUGCCCGACGCCGCGGUGGACGUCGAGGCUGCGCCGGGUUCGCCCGCUCUGCCCGACGCGUCGGCCGAGGCUGUGCCGGCCUCGCCCAGCGUGCCCGACGCCGAGGCCGAGGCUGCGCCGGGCCAGGGUGUCGCCUCGGAGCCCGUGGAGUGAGCGGCUGGCCUCCGAGGCAAGAAGGACUGGUGCUGCGAGAACCUCUGCCUCGGCUGCGGGCCGUGGGCCGCAGAGGCUCCAAGCAAGCGCUGCGACCUGGUGAUGUGUGCAGCAGCAGCGUGGGCUGCGGCUCGCUUCAGAACUGAAUAGCCAGGCUUUCGCUUUCUCCGCUGAUAGCAGUCGCGCGCAGCACAUCCUGCUUCCGACCAGGAAGCUGGACACAUAUAGACGCGGCUGGCCUGGGCGAGAGUUGAAUACACAUGUGGCCAGAUGUCUGUCUUUCCCGCGCUCGGCCCGUCUAUGGCCAGGUACCCUGCUCCUCCGUGUUACAUGCGUACACAGUCAGUGGACUCCGCGUUGUGAGCAUGUGAAUCCGGUCGUGUGUGUGUGUGUGUGUUCCAGGUUCUUGGUAUAUUGUAUUUGUGCCGCGGAAGUUGCUGGUGUCCUUCUCCUCUCCCUCGCCUCCCAUUCUCCCGCCCUCCCGUCUACCUUUGCCUAACGAUCCGCCCUUCGUGCAUCCUGGCGGCAAAUCAAGCCUUCCAGUUAAUGCUCCAACUACAUCCGUUUCAAGGGGCGCGCAAAGCGCACCCCUGCGUGAUUGCCCCCAUCAAUGGUGGGAGGUUGUUUGUGUAGACUGGCUGACAGGCAGCAAUGUAUGAAUUAGAUAAUAGUUGGUGGGUGAUGGGAGGGUGAUAUGAUUGGAAUGGUAGCGCGUGAGUGCAGGCAGUGCUCAGAGCAUGAUGAUGCUUCUGGUUCCUUGCAAUUCGACUUAUUUCGCGCUAUGUAAUUUCAGAGCUUUCGGCGGACUUGGCGCUGGGACCAAUGGUGUCUGUACGCAUAACUCGGAGAAGGGAGCGAUGAUGCCGAUGAUCAGUAG